CGGUGGUUCCUCCUCCCUGCGGAAGCUGCUGUGGGAGCUUAUCCUGGUGUGGAGCGAGGAGGCGUACAUACUGCUGAGGGAUAUCAAGGCGCUUGUGGCGGGUCUGGCCCCUGGUGCGGACGCCGCUGCCGCCAUCCGCCAGAGCAAGGACAGCAACUACAACCGCGCGGUGACCAUGGGAAUCAACUCGGUGCUGGCAAGGUACAAGGAGUCCCCCGAGGGCAUGCGCGAGGAGCUGCACCUGGCGGCGCACUGUAUCAACCACUCGGCCAGGAUGGCGCUGGCGGCGCUGGUGGAGGGUCCUGCCUUCGACAACGACGCCCGCCGGCCCAGCGGCGCCGUGUUCACCUGGAUCGACAAGCUGCUUGCGGUUCCCUGCGAGGGGGUGCAGCAGGUGGUGGUGGGGCCGCAGCGGCGGGACGUGGGCCACCGGGCGCUGCGGGGGCUGCUCACACACAACCCCGACCUGUUCGACGCGUGUCUGGACAAGUGCUACGAUUCCAACUCCUCCAUCGCGAGUGGCUACUUCCAGGUGAUGUGCGAGGUGUUCGCCACGCAGCCGGUGCGCUGCCCGCCGCACAUCGUGCUGGCGCUGGUGCUGGUCAAGCUGGUCGACCCCUGCCAGGAGGUUCGCGAGGACGCCAUGCACAUGCUGCACGUGCUGAGUCAGCGCGAGUGGCAGGCGGGCGGAGAGGGACAGGCGGCGGGGGCCGAGGCGGCGCGAGGAGGUGCUGCUGCAGAGUCUGACGGCCCGGGUGGCGGCGGUGGCGGGGGUGGUGAUGAGGCGGUGAUUGUGCUGGGGGCGCUGCAAGACUCCUACCAGCAGUUCCAGUAUGAGCUGGCUUGCCGCCUCGCCAGGGACCACCCCGAGCUGUCCGAGGCGCUGUGCGAGGAGGUGAUGACCCGGCAGCUGGAGUGCGACGACGGCCUCAUCCAGCACCCCGUGCUCACCAGCCUGGCGCCCUGGAUGGAGAACCUGGUGAUCUCCUUCCCGUGGAGGGGCAACUGGAGUGAGCGGCUGCUGAAGAGCAUGUACUACGUGACGCUGCGUCACGGCACUCAGUUCCCCUUUGAGAUCGGGCGGCUGUGGACGCAGCUGGCCAAGCGCACCCGCAACAUCAACCCCGUGCUCGACUUCCUGCUGCACCUGGGCAUGGAGAUCGCACUGCAGACCGACCUGCACAAGCUGCUGGAGUUCCUGGCGGUGUGCAAGCGCAUCGUGCUCUAUCUGGCCCGCGUCAGCCCCGCGGAGACCAUUGGAUACCUGGCCAUUGAGCUCGCCAAGCAGCAGCUGGAGGAGGAGCCGGCGGAGGGCGUAGCA